CCCUACUCCCAGAUCUGUACAUUCUCACAAUGGCUUUCCUCUGGUUUGUGUCUUGCCUCGCAUUCGUCAGCGCCGCCUAUGGCUGCGGCACCCCGGCCAUUUCUCCCGAGGUGACCGGCUAUGCCCGCAUCGUCAACGGUGAGGAGGCCGUGCCCCACUCCUGGCCCUGGCAGGUGUCCCUGCAGCAAACCAAUGGCUUCCACUUCUGUGGAGGUUCCCUGAUCAACGAGAACUGGGUUGUCACCGCCGCUCACUGCAACGUCAGGACUUCUCACAAUGUGAUCCUGGGAGAGCACAACAAGGGCAGCGGUAGCAACACUGAGUCCAUCCAGGUCAUCAAGCCUGCUAAGGUCUUUACUCACCCCAAAUGGAACCCUAGUACCAUCAACAACGACAUCACCCUGAUCAAACUGUCCAGGCCCGUGACCCUCGGCAGCACCGUGUCCCCUGUGUGCCUGGCUGAGUCCAGCGAUGUCUUUGCCCCUGGCAUGACCUGCGUGACCUCCGGCUGGGGUCUGACCCGCUACAACGCCCCCAACACUCCCAACCUGCUGCAGCAGGCUUCCCUGCCCCUCCUGUCCAACGAGGCGUGUAAGAAGCACUGGGGCAGCAACAUUUCCGACGUCAUGAUCUGCGCUGGUGGAGCUGGAGCCACCUCCUGCAUGGGUGACUCUGGUGGACCCCUGGUCUGUGAGAAGGACAACGCGUGGACCCUGGUCGGUAUUGUCUCCUGGGGAAGCAGCCGCUGCUCCACCUCUACCCCUGCUGUCUACGCUCGCGUCACCGAGCUCCGCGCCUGGGCUGACCAGAUCCUGGCCGCCAACUAAGAAGGCUAACACAGCUACCUCUACCAUUAUCCCAGACCCGGCCAGCAUAUCAACACUCAUGCUUUAGUCGCUAAGAAGGAAAAUGGCAUGUGCUUGUUUGUAUACUUCAUAUCAAAUACAACUACAUGAACAUACA